AUGUCGUUGAUGUGUCAUCUUCUAUGUGCCAUGCGCUACUUGAUGUACCAGCCUGCUAUGUCGGAUACCGCCAACCAUGCAUCGACCAGGUGCCAAGAGCGGAUUGAUGGUGGUGGUGUACAAGUCAUCAAUGACCUACCACCGUCAACAUCCGUUUUACCAACUACUGUCACAACAUCAGUGCAAACUACAAGUGCACCAAGAUCUUCCUCAAGUACAACACAAGCGGAUGGAUCUGUCAUACUGCCAACCGUGCAAGACACACCCAGUACCAGUGUGCACCGUGAUGUGGGAGGUCCAAAUGUAUCCCAAAAGCCACCACAAGCUAGUGGUUGGAUGACGUGUCCUUCGACGGGUCCACAUGGAAUAGAGUAUACAUAUGUUGAUGUUGCAAAGACUUUUGAUGAGGCAGUGCAUCAUUGCAAGAGUCUCGGGACUGGCAGCAAGCUAGCUACUCCACACAAUGCCAUGGAGAAUCAAUGUAUAUACCGGACUAAAGCAAGUCGCACAACUACCUGGAUUGGAAUUCGGUCAAACAUAGAUCGUCCAAACUUCAAUUGGACCACAGUAGACGAUGGAAACAAUAUAUUGUUUCACUAUUGGGCUGGUGGAGAACCUAACCAUGGAUCAACUGCUCAGUUGUGUCUGACAAUGUGGUACAGCCCAAAGCGGAACACCUAUGGGUCUCGGUGGGAUAACGCAGAAUGCAAAGAAAAAGUUAAAUUUGUUUGCCAAAGACAAAUACAAGUCAUCAACGACCUACCACCGUCAACAUCCGUUUUACCAACUUCUGUGACAACAUCAGUACAAACUACAAGUGCACCAAGAUCUUCCUCAAGUACAACACAAGCGGAUGGAUCUGUCAUACUGCCAACCGUGCAAGAUACACCCAGUACCAGUGUGCACCGUGAUGUGGGAGGUCCAAAUGUAUCCCAUAAGCCACCACAAGCUAGCGGUUGGAUGACGUGUCCUUCGACGGGUCCACAUGGAAUAGAGUAUACAUAUGUUGAUGUUGCAAAGACUUUUGAUGAGGCAGUGCAUCAUUGCAAGAGUCUCGGGACUGGCAGCAAGCUAGCUACUCCACACAAUGCCAUGGAGAAUCAAUGUAUAUACCGGACUAAAGCAAGUCGCACAACUACCUGGAUUGGAAUUCGGUCAAACAUAGAUCGUCCAAACUUCAAUUGGACCACAGAAGACGAUGGAAACAAUAUAUUGUUUCACUAUUGGGCUGGUGGAGAACCUAACCAUGGAUCAACUGCUCAAUUGUGUCUGACAAUGUGGUACAGCCCAAAGCGGAACACCUAUGGGUCUCGGUGGGAUAACGCAGAAUGCAAAGAAAAAGUUAAAUUUGUUUGCCAAAGACAAAAGCCAAAAAGUACAACAAAAGGUUCAAAUGUCUCCCAACAGCCAACACUAAAUAUCGAAUGGAAGUCUUGUGGUCCGCACGGGAUAGAAUAUACGUUUGUCAACCAGAAAACAAACUUUGGUGAAGCUGUGAGGCACUGCAAGAGCUUGGGGAAGGCCAGCAAGCUAGCAAUUCCGCGCAACGACGCAGAGAACCAGUGUAUCAACCAGGCUAAACCAAGCAAGGCAACUAACUGGAUUGGCAUUCGAUCGCUUGUGGCCCACCCAUUGUACAAGUGGCUAUCAGUUGAUGAUAACCAGAUGAUAAUGUACUCAAAAUGGGCCGAGAAUGAACCAAGCCGACCUGGUCUAAUCACGCAACUGUGUGCAACAAUGUGGUACCAACCUUCACACAAUACCCAUGGCUCAAAAUGGGAUAAUGUUGAAUGCAAGACCAAACUCUAUAUUGUGUGUCAACGACCAGGUAGACCAGAAAGUACGGAUGCACCGAAGCCAUCCUCGGUCAGACAGCCAACCGAACAUAAUGCAAGCCUGAUUGGACACAGCAGUGUGUCACGGGCACCUCCAAAUGUCUCCCAAAAGUCAACACAAGCUAGCGAACCAGAAAGUACGGAUGCACCUAAGCCAUCCUCGGUCAGACAGCCAACCGAACAUAAUGCAAGCCUGAUUGGACACAGCAGUGUGUCACGGGCACCUCCAAAUGUCUCCCAAAAGUCAACACAAGCUAGCGCAAUAGGAGCAGCAAUGACAGUGCUUGCUCUCGUGGUCGCUAUUGUUGCCGUCGCUGUGGUUUGUGGACGAAGGAAAAGGUGA